UCUAUGAGUACAGCAACCAAACAAAAGCACCUUGCAUCUGGCAAACCUGGCCAGCUAGAGCCUGCACCUCCGAUGCGAGCCAGGCUCCUCCGGUACUGAAACCAAUCAGGCCCCAUGGGACUCCGGCUUUACUCCUCAUCCCUGCUGCUGCUCCUCCUGCUAUCCUCUCACGGCCUGCAGGCUGCCGAAGGUGGAGCGCUGCAUUUCCUGCCCCCCAAGGAUCCACCAAAGAUUGGCAAGGGCGUGGCGGUGGCGGAGUCGCUGAUCGGGUCGAGGCCGCCGCGGUGCGAGGGCAAGUGCGCGCCGUGCGGGCGGUGCGAGGCGGUGCAGGUGCCGGUGGCGCCGCGGGUCGACGGCGGCAGGGGCGAGGCCGAGCCCGGACGCGCCCGCCCGUUCGGCAGGGCCGCCGGCGCCGGCGCCAGGGUCCAGGAGAGCUACACCGACUACAAGCCCCUCAACUGGAAGUGCCGGUGCGCGGACCGGCGAGCCCUGGAUCCGUGAUCCGGCUGCGACCUCGACUCCUCCAGCUGCUGAUGCCGGGCCCGUGAUAGUUACUAGACUUGAUUGCAGUUGCUGGAUGAUCCAUGAUCCAUUGAUCAUAGAUUGAUCUUUUAGAUGUUCUCGUCGCUAGCUAGGUUUUGGUACGCAAUAGAGAUGCUUGUAGUUCGGCUAGUGAUCAGGCUCUUUCAAGGGUUGCUUCUUAGUAUCACUACUCCGUGUUAGCCUAUAAUUAAGCUAGGAUGCGAUGUAAUUAAUCAGAGUAGAGAAACGAUGUCACUUGUGCAUCAGUAGCCUGGCAUUACCAUUUCAGUUCAUGACAA